UCAUGACUAAUCUGAUUGAUUUAGCUAGUGCGUCACAAACUAUUGAUCUGGGUGAAUCUUAGGUGUUCUUUUUGAAUUUAUGUUUCCCCCUUCUUUUGCGAUCGGUUCAAAUUUGGUGUUUCAAGGGGCUUAUUUGUGAUUAUUCCCCCCCUAUUGUUCGCUUGAUGUGUUUGUUAUGUUCAUCAUGUUGAGCCUAAUAAUGUUGAAAACAGGGCUUCCAUUGCACGUCAAAUGUCUGUUGAUCGCAGCAACAAUCAUCGCUGGUUUGUUCACUGCAAUUUCAGUUUCAUGAACCGGGGUCGGUUGUGGUGCUCACGGCGAGUAGUGUUUCGACAUUGGAUAUGACACUUUUCUAUGCGAACAUUAUUGCUUGAAGUUGUAUAUUUGAUUGUAGGAGUGCGAAUAUUGUUAAAUUGAUUGACUACUUCAAUGAUACUUUCAUUGGGGCUUUGUCGCAGAAAGAUUUUGGUUAUUGGUAGGAGAGGUGGAAAAUAACUUGGUUUUCUUUUAGUGGCUGGAAGAGAACAGUACACUAGAAUUCUGGGCAGGAAAUAAAUAAAUACCCCUUGGGGCGUUUGUGAAAGAAUGUCCCUUCCACCGGGUUUUCGUUUUUAUCCAACUGAUGUUGAACUGUUUCUGUACUACCUGAAAAGAAAGGUCAUGGGAAAGAGGCUCCAUUUUGAAGCCAUCAGAGUGAUAGAUCUGUACAAGUUUGAUCCUUGGGAUCUUCCAGCAAAAUCAUGCUUGCAGAGCAGAGAUCUUGAGUGGUAUUUCUUCUGCCCAAGGGAUCGGAAAUAUUCGAAUGGUCUGAGGGCAAACCGUGCCACUGAAAAUGGGUAUUGGAAAACUACGGGAAAGGAUAGACCAAUUUGUCAUAAUUCACAGACAGUGGGAAUGAAAAAGACAUUGGUUUUUCAUGAAGGGCGGGCAGCCCAAGGACAAAGGACCAAUUGGGUGAUGCAUGAGUACAGACUGGAAGAUAAAGCUCUGGUUGCUGCAGGUGUCAUUAAGGCAACUGUGCAGUUUUCCUGCUGUUUCUGUAACGUCCAUCACUUCCUCCACUUCUUUCCUUCAUUUUUUUAUUUUCAUUUAUUAUUAUUCCCUUUUAUGUAUAUAAAUUUGGCUUUACUUUUCCACAUCCUUUUCCAGGAUAAAGGCCCUGAAGGUGAUAUAAGCCAUGGAAAUGAGGCUGCCAUGUGUAACGUUGCUGAUUGUUCAGGUCGAAAAGCAGGGGAGAGAGGAAUACUAUAUGUCCAGGAAGCACCGGCAAGAGGUGAACAGAAAAAUGCACUACAUUUUCUGUUGGAAUCCAUCCCUGCUCGUCCUGCUUCAGCUGCUGAGUAUCCAUCUCCUACCAAUGGAGGGAAGAGAUUGAGGAGUGGUAGUAUCUACGGUGGGUCCUCCAUCCAUAUAGAAGAAGCUGAGGUGACUGUUAAGUGUGGGUGCACUAGGACGUUUUGUUUGACAAAUUGGGGGAGUUUCAUUGCACAGUGUUGUGGGUGCAAUGUGUUAAGGAAGGAGUCUCUGAAGAUGGCGGCUACAUGUUGCAGUGGCAGUGGCAGUGGCGGGUUCUUACUGCUAUUUUUCUUUGGGGUGGUUUCAGCUCGAAUUUUUGGGUCUUUCUAUUUUUUGUGGUAACCAAUUUUUGCAGGUUUGCGUGGAACCUGUUUCA